GACUUUUUAACUUCGAAUUCUUCAUUUCAUAAUUUGUCUAUAAAAUUACCUUGCUGAAUUUCUCAUCUUCACCAGCCUUGUUUUGAAAACAGGGGCAUUUUUGUCAUUGAUUCAUCCGCAUUGAAUCAAGUGAAAGCUUGGUUUAAAACUUUUGAGUACUACAUUCUGUGAAGCAAGUAAAACGGCAUUGACUUCUAACGUACAUCCUAGCUAUCUGGGGCUGGAACAAGUGACUUCAGAGUUAAUCGUCCAACUUUCAAUGUGUAUUUGCAGUCUUUAUGCACAACUUGCAAAGAGAGAACGAUCGAUUUUCGUAGAAGGCCAAGCACUUCUAUAAACUGAAGACAACCAUAGAAUUUCAAAGCGCGUGUACUCAUCCAAAACAGCUGAAAAUGGACCCAGAAUAUGAAAGGAGACUUCUACGUCAACCUAAUGGACGGAGUCCUCUUGCUAAUUCUCCAUGUUCGAGUGGAAUAAGGCAUUUCAGUUCACCUUAUCUAAGCCCAUUGAGCUCUCCUAGCAGAGAAAAGUAUGGAGACAGGUUUAUACCAAGCCGCAGUAGUCCAGCUCUUGAGCUUAAUUUUGAUUUGAUACAAGAAAAUAGUGAUCCAGGAAAGAACAGUGCAGUCACAAGAGAUGCCAGUGUGGAUUCCAAAGAGGGAAUGGCUUAUCAAUGUCUGCUAAAGAAUGAACUUCUUGGGGCUGGAAUAGAAGACCUUAAGGAUGUACCACAAGAGGAAAGAAGAGCACUUUCCAGCAACAGUAAUCACAUACAUAUCAAAGACUGUUAAGAUCGCCAAGAAAGUCUACUAGAAAAAUUUCCAAGAUACCAUUUAAAGUUUUAGAUGCUCCAGAACUACAGGAUGACUUUUAUCUAAAUCUUGUGGACUGGUCAGGACAGAAUAUUUUAAGUGUUGGAUUAGGAACCUGUGUUUAUCUUUGGAGUGCCUGCACCAGUCAGGUUACCAAACUCUGUGAUCUUGCAUCUGAUGGGGACUCUGUGACAUCUGUGUCUUGGUNNNUGCAGAGUGGUCUGGUGGCUGUUGGGACUCACAAGGGUCUUGUUCAAAUCUGGGAUGCAGGUGCACAAAAGAGAGUGUCUACUAUUGAAGGACAUACUGCUCGAGUUGGUGCUCUGGCAUGGAAUGGUGAUGUGCUCUCAUCAGGGAGUAGGGACAGACUGAUUCUACAGCGUGAUGCUAGAACACCCAAUGCUGUGGAGAGAAGAUUGAUUGGACACAGGCAAGAGGUUUGCGGGCUGAAGUGGUCCCCAGAUCAUCAGCAUUUAGCAUCGGGAGGAAAUGACAACAAGCUCUUGGUUUGGAGCAUGUCCAGUCUGUCACCUGAGCAACAGUACAGUGAACACUCAGCGGCAGUCAAAGCCAUUGCGUGGUCUCCACAUCAGCACGGUUUGUUGUCCUCUGGAGGUGGUACAGCUGACAGGUGCAUAAGGUUUUGGAAUACAUUAACAGGACAGCCGCUACAGUGUGUUGACACUGGCUCGCAGGUGUGCAACUUAGCGUGGUCCAAGCAUUCAAAUGAACUAGUCAGUACACAUGGUUACUCACAAAAUCAGAUCUUGGUCUGGAAAUACCCAUCAUUAACUCAAGUAGCUAAGCUAACGGGUCACUCCUACAGGGUUCUUUACUUGGCCGUAUCACCGGAUGGUGAGGCUAUCGUGACAGGAGCAGGAGAUGAAACUCUUCGAUUUUGGAACGUCUUCAAUAAAGCCCGCUCGCAUAAGGAAUCCAAGUCAGAGCUCAAUCUGUUCUCCAGAAUAAGAUGAUGUUUACCCUAAGAGUUGGAUCUUUAAUGUAACAGUUAUUGCGUUUGUACCAGGAUACAAUAAUAUGAUUAUCACUUAAGCACGAGUACUCCGUAUUUUUGUGGAGGUAGUUGUCUUCGUUCAAGACGAAGCUUUCUCUUUAAGCGUUACCUCCAACUUUUUCUCUCUUUUUUGUAAAUUUUUCGCCGAUAAACUGUGUCUAUCAAAAUGUAUGUAAAUCAGUUGUCCGAUGUUGUAAACUUGGGCUAAAAUGCGAUGGAUUGCAUUUUGGACUGUAUUAGGGGUAUUUCAUUUUAUUGAAAAUAUAUAUCUAUACUUGACAAAAGCUGACAACAAUUCGUUUGAAACCUGUAAAUCAGCCACGUAAAUUGGCGACACGAUUAUAGCUGGUUGCUGACAACUACUGCUGACGUUUGAUGUAUUUUGCUCUCGAAAGCUAACCACAACUUUCUCUCGUCACGCAAUGUUUUGUCUUUUGUUGAGGAGAAUUUUGCGAUGACCCAGUCACGCCGGCAAGUCCAGGAGUACCUUGUGAGACGAAGAAUGAUUAGGUGAAAUAAUUUUAGAAAAACAUUUUUUUUAAGGACAUUUUACAGAAAGGGUGUAAAAAAGAGUUAGAUUGCGUGGUUAGAUGAUGUGGAAAUCUGCAAUGAUAUAUGACCAGAAAUGGUGAAAAGGAAUAAACGAGAAUUUUUCAACUUAGAUAAAA